AUGCCGGAGCUGAGCUCGAAGUUUGCUGGUCAUGGUGUUUCAGCUGGAGUCCGCAACGCCGCCUGCCGCCAUUGGAUAGCUGCGGAUCGUGGCGUGCGCGCCGACACUUCUGAAUCGCCUAGUCAGCGGUUGAUAGCUACGCCGAUGUGUACGGUGCAGUGUUUUCAGAACCUGGGCCUCAUCACGUUCAUCAGCCAGGGCCUUGCCAUUGCUUGGUGGAGGAAGGUCAUGCAGGGCAGCUCCCUCAGCACAUUACACAGAAACCACGCCUACUCAUACAGCUUCUACUCCACCGUGACGUCGGGCAAGCACUUCAACAUUGUCGCGCUUGCGGCGCUGGUGACCAAGUUUGAUCGACACAGCGGCGGUCUUCCUGGCGAAGACUGGACAAUCAAAACGGUCGACUCAGCAUGGGCAGGUGUGAUCAACGCCUACGACGGCAAGAUCGCCAACGGCAGAGUCCGCGACUUACUCGGCCCUAACCAAGAGCGCAUUGCAAGCGAUUUGUAA